AUGAGUGCAACGGACGGCACAUUGGUCGUGGGAGUUGACGUGGGAGGUACCAACACCGACAGCGUGCUCUUGGAUGUUUCCAAAUCUAGCACAGAUGCCGUCGUCGCAUCACACAAAGCCCCUACAACGUCCAAUGUCACUCUCUCCGUCCAGGCCACCCUGAAAGCCCUGUUGGACAAGUCGGCCGCGGACCCCGCCAACAUCACCGCGCUCGCCAUCGGCACGACGCACUUCCUCAACGCCAUCAUCGAGAGAGACGCAUCCCGCGUCGAAAAGAUUGCCGUCCUCCGCCUGGCAUCUCACAACUUUUCCACAGGCACCCCGCCCUUUGCAGACUGGCCCUCGGCCUUGAAGCGCAUCAUCAACGGUCACGCGGCCAUCAUCCCCGGCGGCUGCAACAUUGACGGCACUCUCAUCGGCUCCAUUGACGAGGAGUCCGUCCGCGAUCAAGCGAGGGAGAUCAAGUCCAAGGGGCUCAAGAACGUCGCGGUCAUUGGCAUCGGAUGCAGUACUGACAAGAACUACCACCAGGAGGACGAAGUCCGCAAGAUCCUGCUCAGCGAGCUGGGCGACAAUGUCAACAUUGUUCUCUCCCACAACAUUGCCGGACCCGGACUCCUCGCCCGCGAGAAUGCGACGAUUCUCAACGCUUCGAUCCUCAACUUUGCUCAGCGCACCAUCAGAGCCUUCAUCGGCGCCAUGCGCCGCAUCGGUCUGCAGUGCCCGCUGUACUUGACCUCCAACGCCGGCCACUUGCUGCCCUUUUCGGAAGCCAUGCAGGCUCCCAUCAGAAUCUUCUCCUCGGGCGCGACGAAUUCAAUCCGAGGUGCUGCUUUCCUCGCAAGGGACUCGAUAGACAAGUCGGGGAGCAUCGUUGUGGAUAUCGGCGGCACUACGUCAGACGUGGGCUACCUGCUGAGCAACGGAUAUCCCAGAUUAUCCAAAAGCUACACAGCAUUGGCCGGCGUCAAGGUGAAUCUGGAGAUGCCUUCAGUCGAGAGCAUCGGUCUAGGGGGAGGUUCAAUCCUCCACAGCGCAGACGACGGUUCCGUGGCCGUUGGGCCUGACAGCGUGGGCCAUGAUCUCAUCACCAAGGCCUUGUGCUUCGGAGGCGACGUCACAACCGCCACGGAUGUCGCAGUCGCAUCAGGUGCCGAGAUUGGCAACACGGCCGUGUCUCUCGCGAGCGAGGUCGUCGAAAAGGGCAAGGCGCGCGUCCGCAAGAUGUUGGAGGCCGUCAUCGACCGCGCCAAGCUGUCGCCCGAGCCGUGCACAGUCAUCCUCGUGGGCGGCGGCUCGAUCCUCUGUCCCUCGGAACUCACAGGCGUCAGCAAGGUCGUGGUCCCCGAGCACGCCGGCGUCGCCAACGCCAUUGGCGCGUCCAUUGCCAAGAUUUCCGGAUCCGCCGAGACGAUUGUCCACGGCUCGGAUAUCCAGGGCGGAAUCGCGGAGGUCAGGGCCCGGGCUAUCCGGGACGCCGUUGCCAAGGGCGGAGAUGAGAGCACCGUGACUAUACUGCACGAGGAGAUUGCUGGGGUUCCAUACGUGGAGAACCAGACUUCGAUCAAGAUUGAGGUCGCGCUGCCGGCUGAUCACAAACGGGUGUACUCGGAGAUGGUGAAGACGGCCGCGCCUGACCAGUUGGUCGACGAGGAGAUGUUUGAGGAGACCAAGAAGCAUGAGGCCGAGGACGCGGAGGAUCAUCCAGAGGACGAGGCCGUCGUCCUCAAGAGUUACAAGCCCAAGGUCGACUCCAACGGCCUGUGGACGCUCUCGGAGACGGACCUAAGGUUCUUGUCGAUUGGCUGUUACAUCCUGGGGUGCGGCGGCGGCGGCUCUCCGUACGCGCCGUACUUGCAUUUGAAACAGCUGUUGGCCGAGGGAGAGUCGAUGAAGAUCAUCCGGAUCGAGGACCUAAAGGACGACGAGAUGAUGCCGCCGGUCGCGAGCGUGGGUACGCCGGCGGUGAGUAUCGAGCGACCGGGCGGUGACGGGGUGUGGCACGCCAUGCAGGAGAUGGAGAAGGAGAUGAAGACCAAGUUCGAGAGGCUCGUUGCCACGGAGAUUGGAGGUGCCAACGGUGUUGCUACGCUCAUCUGGGGCAGCUCGCGCUACUACGACAUCCCGACCGUGGACGGCGACAUGAUGGGACGUGCGUAUCCCCAGUUCGAGAUGGUCUCGCAAUACAUCCACGCCAAAUCCGUCAACGAGCUCCUCCCCGUGACCCUCUGCAGCGGCACAGGCCACAACGUUGUCAUCCCGGCGACGCAGACGGACGAGACCUCGGCGGGCAUCGCCAUCCGCGACGCGUGCGUGGCCAUGGGCUCCGCCGCUGGCGCCGCGGGACGGCCGAUCCCCGGAAAGCUGAUGCGCGAGGUCGGGAUCCCCAACACGUACUCCCUCGCGUGGCGUCUGGGCCGCGUGGUCGCGCUGGCGCAGCAGGCGGGGACGGUGUCGACGGUCACGAAAGACAUUAUUGAGGCCGCGGGCGGGCCGGGGAGCGCGCGGGUCUUGUUCCAGGGCAAGAUUCGGAGCGUGGAGACUACAUUGACGGCGACGGCGCAUAGUUUGGGCAAGGUGACUGUUGAGAGGCUUAGCGAGAGCGAGAUGGAGACGGAGACGGAUCGGAUUGGGGAAGGGUUGAAGGAGGUUGUUGUUCCGUUUAUGAAUGAGAACCUGGGAGUUUUGGGCAAGGGCGAGAGCGGAAUCGAAACGGUUCUUGCUACCGUCCCGGAUCUCAUCUUUCUACUGGACACGUCUACGGGAGAAGCCAUCGGCGUUCAGGAGUACAGGUACGGCCUCAAGGUCGCGGUCAUGAUCAUGGCGGGACACCCGCUUUGGGCCACGGAGCGAGCGCUCGAGAUCGCGGGGCCGAGAGUCUUUGGGCUGGAUCACGACUAUAGCUCGACGCUGCAGUACACGAAGCCCGUCAGCGUCAUUGACGAGUUCCGUCACGGGUGCGGCGGCGAGAACUGCACGAAUUGCCAGUACAAGUGGUAG